AUGAAACAAGCUGCUAAACAAGCGAUUUUGCAGAAUUUCUCGGGAAAAUGGCCGGAUAGUGGAAAUGAAUCUAAUUUAAUUGGAGAAGCAAUGGAACGACGAUUUGGUGGCGUUUGGAUGGUUGCCGUUUUUGAUAUUGACUUUGAUGCUGCUUAUACAAUUGUUCGCCGUUCCCCAAGUUAUAUGUUAUUUGGUGUUAAUGAAAGAGCAAUUUUAAUUGCUAGGGAAGGAAAUGGAAGAAGACAAAAUAAAAACAAUUCUUUACUUUGA